CUUGGAGACAAUCCAUCCGUGUUUUGAUUGAGUUUUCAAAAUGAGACGAAUUUUUUUCUUAGUGAUCGUGAUUAACGUCGUGUACAGUGAAAAGUCUUUUCUAAAUUUGGGCAGUUUCGUAUGUCCUCGGGAAGAUAAAGCAUUGGGUCGCUGUUUGCGUGACGCUUUAAAUUCGUACAUACCCCAAUUAGUUACAGGUGUCCCAGAAUUUGACGUGCCGCCAUGUGAACCGCUGUUUAUACCAACAAUGACAAUAGAACAAUCCGGGGGACCUGUAGCUGUGGUGUCCUCGUAUACUGAUAUCACAGUGAGAGGGCCUUCCACUAUGAAGAUUAAGACUAUCAACGUCGAUUCAUCCAAAAACGAAAUAGUGGCGAAACUUCAUAUACCAGAGCUCAAGUUGAAGGGUAAUUAUGAUCUGAAGGGAAAGCUUUUGAUGAUACCCAUAGAGGCAAGUGGAAAAUUCAUUGCCAAGUACGGCAACAUCGAUGCGACCGUAACUAUAAUUCUUGGUAGACGGCCCCGACCUGGUGGUGUGGACGCCCUCGCAUGUCGAGACCUUGACGUUAAGUUCCACGCUGGGCACGCGUCUGUGAAGUUGGACAACAUGUUCGGUGGUGACGGAGAUUUGGGACGCGCUCUAAAUAAAUUCCUUAAUGAAAAUUGGGAGCAAUUGUCACAGGAAUUCCAAGUACCUAUAGAAAAAGCAUUGAGAGGUUUCUUUAAACCGCUGGCGGAUCAUUCGUUUGGUACUUUAAACGCUGACGACAUUUUACUAACGUGA